UGUACGGGAGAGCUCCCUGAAAAGUGAGACUAGACUACUGACUUGAGAUUAAAAAGAUACCCAGGUAGAUAGACGUCUCCACAUGAUUUCGGCACAGCCUCUUUUUUUCCCGCUGCCCAAGAUCGGGAGAAUCCUAUAAGAUGGUUUGCGUCCGUCCUGCAACAAAGACAAGCCAGCGCUUUCGCAGCAGAAAUCGACCUUUGCAGCCCUUCGAGACAAUCCACGAAUCGAAAAGCACCUCUUUCAACUCUUCAACUUCAGUUCGCUGAAAUGAGCGAACAACAUGGCGCCGCUGACAUGGAUGCUGGCGCAAUCGACUUCAAACUGUACCGCUACACGCCGUCUCUCCCAGCUGCCAUUGUGAGCGUCAUCGUCUUCGCGACACUGACAGCAGUGCACGUCUGGAGGCUUUACAGAGCACGUGCCUUCUAUUUCAUCGCCUUCACCAUUGGGGGCGUCUUCCAAACCAUAGGCUAUUGCGGUCGUAUUUGGGGUCACUUUGACAAGUUCUCGAUCGGCGGGUUCGUGAUCCAGGCAAUUCUCAUCCUCGUCGCGCCCGCCCUCUAUGCCGCGUCCAUCUACAUGAUCCUCGGCCGUCUCAUCCGCACCGUCCACGCCCAACAUCACUCCUUGAUCCCCGUGCGAUGGGUCACGCGCAUAUUCGUCACGGGCGAUGUCCUGGCCUUCACUCUACAAGCAGGAGGCGGCGGGAUCCAGUCGGCGGGCACCCUUGACCUAUUUGAAAUGGGUGAACAUAUUAUUGUCGCCGGUCUCUUUGCCCAAAUCGCCAUCUUUGGGUUCUUCGUCGUCACUUCUAUUCUCUUCCACCAUCGUCUGAGCCGGUACCCGACAGUCGAGGCUUCGCGUGGCACCAUCCCCUGGCGUAGGGAUCUAUGGGUCCUCUACGUGACGAGUGCCAUCAUCCUUGUGCGCAGCAUCUUCCGAGUUAUUGAGUAUCUCCAAGGCAACAAGGGCUACCUCAUCUCUCACGAGGUAUACCUCUACAUCUUCGAUGCGCUUCUGAUGGCUUCUGUCAUGCUCAUCUUUGCUAUAUGGUAUGUGGGCCACCUGGACUCGAAAAGGAACUACCAAGACCAUUGGGACAAUGCCAGUGGUCAUGAGAUGCACGCCCGAGAUGAGAAUGACAGCCGUGAUAGUGCAGGGCCGUUGAGGGGGAAAGGGCUGAAGAAAUGAGCGUACUUCAGUUGUGGCUGUGGCGGGGAGGCAAAAAGGGGGUGUCCAAUCUUCGCCACAAAGAACGUUCAGUCAGAGAGAAACUGGAAAGCUAGAUGUGUUCCUCCACAGGCACCAUUUCUAAACGCGCCACAUCCAAAAGGGAGGCAGUGAAGAUAACUGACACUCUCUGAAAGCGUGGACGAACCCCCUGCGCACACGAGAGAAGAGCCAUCCAAAUAAGCGCUACUACAACGUGUACAAUUAUUCAAUCGGAAUGGGAAG